AUGGUGGAGCUAAUUAUACCAAUAGAUUUGUAUGUACCUGAAAAAACUGAACUAGCUAUAGUUUUGCAGAAUGAGUUGAGUACAGAUUUUGAAGAAGUUACAGUCGAAUGGGUGGAUUGUCCUGAUUUGACUCAGGAACCUUUCAAUCUCGCAGCACCAGGAUUAUGCGGCGAUAUAGCACUUUUAGAUAUCGGUGGUAUCUCGAAUCUUUUUCCAUUUCCGAUAAAAAACAGAAAUAUUUAUUUCAAAAAUAUCUUACAAGAACUUGAUCGUACCCAAAGUGAUAACUUGAUUAUCGGAGGAGGUCUUUGUACACGGAAACAUUUAUUGCACGAGCUGAUUAUGAACGCUUCAUUCUCACCAGCAGCAGAAGGAAAGAUGACAGUUAAUAAUAAAAGUUGCUUCGCAGCAACAUCAGGAAUAUUAAAAAAACAUUUUGUAUUAUCGAAAUCCUUAGCUAACACUAAUCCUUAUUGCAAUAUAUACGGGAACUUCUUCGUCAGCAAAGGUCUGCGAGAACAAGUUCUGAAAGUACAUGCUAAGCAUCGCACCGGUCGUGACUUUAUAGUUGCAUUGCAGCACGCAAUUAAACGAUUUUCAAAAUGUUCACAACUCAUGGGUUUCGGCGGUACAUUCAUAAUAAAAAACGGGAAAACGAUACAUCAUGUCAUACAAAAUGAUUGGAAAGUUCCGAUAAAAAUGAAAAAACGAAUUCAUAAGUGCAUUAAAUAUUGGAAAAUUCAAGAUUCACCUGUGGUGGCAUUUGCCACGUUUGUUAGCGCAGACAGGCACAAAGUAAUGUCACCCAAGGAAAAUAUUUAUCUUAAUCGAUGGCACGUCCAUGCUAAUUCUAACGACGGCGGCGGGUAUUACCAUGAAACUGAACCGAAUAAUAGUAAUACGGAGUAUUUAGGAUAUUUUUCUCCAGCAACGAAGCUCUAUCGUAUUAAUCCCGUACCUAUAUUUCGUGAAAUGAUAAACUUUACUUGUUUAAGAAAUCAUUAA